AGAAUUAUCAACAGCGGCUAUGUUAUUUGGGUUGCUCCCAUCACGAUGAACACGAUAUGCGAGGUGAAUGUUCAGAGAUACCCAUUCGACGACCAGGAGUGCUUGGUGGAACUCUCUACAUGGGGAUACGCAAUGAACGAGGUAAAUCUCAUUGUGCCAAAUGAUCCACAAUUAGAUACACGACUGUAUGUUCAAUCGGGCGAAUGGAUCUACGUGUCCUUCUCGGUCAUCCUGAACAACAUUACGGACGAUAUGAACACAUACCGCACCGUGCAGUUCAAGCUCAAGUUCGAGCGUCGCUGGUUGUUCUACAGCCAGUACCUUCUGCUUCCCAUCAUGAUGAACUCCGUGCUGAUGAUCUCCGUGUUCCUCGUGCCGCUAGACUCGGGGGAGAAGCUGGGCUUCUCCUUGACCGUCCUGCUGUCCUACGUGGUUCUCCUCACCAUAGUAACAGACAACCUGCCUCCCAUCUCUACCAAGACAUCAGUACUGCAGAUCUACCUCUCGUUCCUGAUGAUUCUCGGCACAGUUACAACACUGCUAAGUAUUUGGGUCUUGACUCUCUACAACAAAGAUGAAACACAGCGAAUACAUUUCUUGUUACAGAAAUUUGCAGACUACGUCAUUGCGCCAAUUACUUGCCUACCUUGUCGAAAGAAAAACACUGUCGCGGAUCUUACUUCCAGCGAUAUAAAACUGCAAGACACGGUUGUUAGAAACGAUGAUAAAGAAAACAUAAUGAAAAAUCACGAACGUUCCCAAAGGAUACCCUCAUCAACAAAGAAUGUUUUGGGUGCUGAACAAGCCGACAGAAUGUCAUGCAGAGAAUUUGCCAUUGUGCUCGACAUCUUCCUCUUUAGAGUGUCUGCGUUUAGCUUGUUCCUUCUUACACUGACAAUUACGAUUUUUUUGGUAACUUAAACCUAGGAUUAUUUUACAGAGGAUGGAUUUCUCAAAAUCUAUUCACUUAAGUACAUACAACUAAUCGAUUUCAAUAUUAUUUGGUACAUUACUGGAGUAGUUUUGAUUAACCAAGGUUACUCCAUCCCUCAUGCCAUCCUCAUCAAGCAUUUCGGAGACUUCAUCAGUGAAUUAUUAGGGGCGGCACGUAGCCCAGUGGUAAAGCACUCGCUCAGUGCACGUCAGUCUGGGAUCGAUCCACAUCGGUGGGCCCACUGGGUUAUUUCUCGUUCCCACCAGUGUAA